CGAUUGCAGUCAAUUGUCAUCGACGCUUCUGGCCAUUUGUUAGGCCGGUUAGCAUCCACGAUCGCAAAGAGCCUUCUAACAGGUAAGUGGCAUCCGUAACCACACUAAAGAAUAGUUAUUCUGUUAUCUCGGUGAUUAUUUCACGAAAUUACGUCUUGAAACAAGGCUAGAUAUAACUUCAUGUUUCAUCUGAGAGCCAAUGAAUGGCUUUGAGCAUUAUGAAAAUCAAUUGAAGUCAAUUGAAACCCAGGGGGAAUUUUUAUUUAUAUGUAUUAUUAUAUCAAGACUUCUCUUUUGUAGGAGAAGUUAAAUACCAGUGCACUUUCAUAGACUGGAAGUUAAGCAAAAGUCAGUAAUUCUGAGCAUAAAAAAAAUGAAGAUUAAAGGGAUGUUGAAUUAGUUUCUUGUGGAGUGUUCCUAAAUUUCUCCUGAUACAUUCUAAACUAGCGGUCUGCAGAGGUGGGCCUUUAAUUUUUCCAGAAUAGUUGUCUACUCUGGUUUUACCAGUUCCAUUCAAAAUUGCAAGCACACCAACAUACUUCCAACAAAUCUUAAAAACUAAUUCUGCGCACUUUUGUGAGCAUACUCCCAAAAGUUCUGAUAUAUUCAUAUUUGAUAACUGUCGUCAACUGAUAGCCUUCUUACAAAACUAGAACACUGAGUCAUUCCAAGCUGUCAGCUUCAAUUUUCUGUUGGAGUCAUUUUCAUUGUGUAAUGACCCAGGUAUGAAUCAUCUUUCAUUGAGAGUUCGUAGAAAGCAAUUAAACCUAUGUCUUUUUGCACAGGGCAAAGAAUAGUUGUUGUACGAUGUGAACAAGUCAACAUCAGUGGCAGCUUCUACAGGAACAAGUGUAAGUGGUAUUUGUAAGGCAAUUACUUCUGAGUGCUGUUUUCAAACCAGUGUCUUUUCUCCUAGUUACCUCACAGCAAUAGAUUAUUGAAGAGUAAUUUACUUCAGGACCUGGUAAUAUCCUGUUAGUAUCCAGGUCUAUUUCUUAGGAUUGAGUGCACAGCAUAAGAAAAUGUUACAUCACAAGUUAUUGUUAGUUGCUUUGAAUAAAAUUUCAUUUAAAUUGAAACUUUUGCAUGAAAAGUUGUGGUACUCAAGAAAAUUUGUUGUCAAAUUAUCUGAAUAUACUACUUUGACGUUGUUGGGUGAAUGAUUGACGUUGUGUUCUGUUGUUUAUUUCAGUGAAGUAUCUUGAUUUCCUUCGCAAGCGAACUAACACCAAACCUAGCAGGGGACCUUUUCAUUUCCGUGCUCCAAGCAGAAUUGUCUGGAGAACAGUGAGAGGUUAGUAUACAUAUUUGGUCCCUAAGACUACCUUAAAACUCACUCCUGUUUUAUCCAUGGAUUGAUAAUUUGUUGGUGUGCUUUAGAGAGUUCUUCAUGGUAACAGUACAAAAUUGCAUUAGCAAAUACUAGAGUUGAGUUGAUGUCUUGUAUUUGUAUAGGAAUGAUCCCACACAAGAGUAAGAGAGGAACAGAGGCAAUGAAUCGUCUUAAAGUAUAUGAUGGUGUGCCUACUCCAUAUGACAAGGUAAGUAAUGUUGCUCAUACUGUUUUACAACAGUUUUCAACAUGCAGAUGAAUUAUCUACUCUAAGCUUUUUAAAAUAAGGUUAUUGUCAUAGCUAUUGUUGCUGUGACAAAUGGCUAAGUUGAUGGAGAAAGGAGAAUUUAAAGUAGUUUGAUUUUUGUGGACGAAUUUUGAAAUCAAACAUCUUUUUAUCAAGGCAAUGUUUUGCCAUUUUGUAACAAUUACACAUGGUCAGAUUUUCAGGUGAUCUUAUUUCAUUUAGGCAUUCUUUUUUGUUUUUCUACUGUAAUCAUUUCAUAGGAAAAGCGAAUGGUGGUUCCUUCAGCUCUGAGAGUUGUCCGUCUCAAGCCAGGAAGGAAGGUAAGAUACUUUGGUGCACUGCAAGUGAGUUGUUACACGUCAAGAAUAGGUUAGGAGAAAGGUAGAGAAAUUCGUCAAGGUCAGGGGAAGUUAGUGAACUUUAAUUGAAGUCUGGGAAAAUGUUAACAUGAUUGAACCUGUAUAAAGGGGCACUGUAUUAAGCAGUACUGUAAUGUUUAUGUAAGUGUAGUGUGGUAGGUAAAGGUCUAAUUGUUUUUGGCUAGUUUUUUAAUACUUUUUGACUAGGUUUAAGUGAUUUAUUUUAGUUUUUCAUCCACACUUUAGUACUGUGUGCUUGGUAGACUGUCUCAUGAGGUUGGCUGGAAGUACAAGGUUUGUUGCCCUCUUGACAUGUUUUAGUAUAAACCAUUUAAAUUCUUUUACUCCUUACAUGAACCUUGAGUUACAUACUUCAACAAAUUCUGAGUGUGGAGUUGACUUACACAUCCAAACCUGUUUAUGGUAAACAAUGCAAUCAGUUCUACUCAAACUGGGAAAUUGCUUCUAUACACAUUUCUUUAACGGUAUUUUAGUAAUUCUAUGAUGUUUGUGUAGGUAAAUAACAUGAUUUAGGGUGCAAUUUAGUGUUAAUUAGCUUGAGUAAAUUUUUCAAAGUCAACAAAACUGCAUGAACCUGUAGGGUGAGUGCAGUUUGUAGUCUGAAAAAUUGGCAAGUGCUUAUUUACCCCAAAUUGCACAAGACAUCAUGUUAUCACCUAUUAAUAAUUUACAAGGAAAAAGCAUAACAGAAAGUAAAAACAGACAAAAUUUUGACAGUGCGCAUGCUAUUUGUAAUUUGCACUUGUGUUACAACUUUGCUCUUGUGUCACAUGAAAUAUACACUUGUUUCAGCCAAUCAGAAAUGCAUAAUUUUUUGGCAGUCUAGCUGGCAGUUUUAUGGUACCAGUGGCUUUUGUUGAGAGCACUGACUCUUACAGUGCAACAACAGCAACUGGGGCCAUCCAAUGUUUUAGGGGCAGAAUGUUUGUUGAGGCACGAAGAAACAAAUUAUUUGUAUUAAUUCAGUAUAUCUGUGUUCUCAGGAUGUCCUGGAAACCCUUGAAGAAAAGCGUAAAGCUAAAGCUGCUGUUUACUAUGAACACAAGAAGAAAGUUGAGGUAAGAUGCAGAAUAAGGAAUCAACCAAAUCUAUUUAUCAACUAA